GGAAGAGCCGUUUUCAAGUAGUGUUCGAUCGAUUAUGUAUUAAUCAAUAUUCGAUUGAUUGGUCUGAGGUUAUUGAUAAAAAAGAUUUGUCUAAGUCACUUCGUUUCUUUUUGUCCAAGUUACUUCGUUUUUUGUCCAAGUUACUUCUCUUUUUGUCUAACUCACUUCCUUUUUUUCUUUGUGAGUUUCGAGAAUAUCCCCAUUCAUAGGUCUGAGAUCCACAUCUAUGAAUUGAAAGGUCCGAACGAUCAACCCUGCAAUCAGUUGUUAGAAUCAAUAGGUCUUCAAAUCGUUCAUUUUAAAAAAUUGAAACCCUUUUUAUUGGAUGAUCAUAAUACUUCUCAAAAAUCGAAAUUCUUGAUCAAUGGAGGAACAAUAUCACCAUUUUUGUUCAAUAAGAUACCAAAGUGGAUGAUUGACUCAUUCCAUACUAGAAAGAAUCGCAGGAAAUCUUUUGAUAACACGGAUUCCUAUUUCUCAAUCGUAUCCCACGAUCAAGACAAUUGCUGAAUCCCGUGAAACCAUUUCAGAGAAGUUCAUUGAUAUCUUCUUUUUCUAAAGCAAAUCGACUUCGAUUCUUGAAUAAUCCACAUCACUUCUGCUUCUAUUGUAACAAAAGAUUCCCUUUUUAUGUGGAAAAGGCCCGUCUCAAUAAUUCUGAUUUUACGUAUGGACAAUUCCUCACUAUCUUGUUCAUUCACAACAAAAUAUUUUCUUCGUGUGGUGGUAAAAAAAAACAUGCUUUUUUGGAGAGAGAUACUAUUUCACCUUCGUCAAUCGAGUCACAGGUAUCUAACAUAUUCAUAUCUAACGAUUUUCCACAAAGUGGUGACGAAAGGUAUAACUUGUACAAAUCUUUCCAUUUUCCAAUUCGAUCCGAUCCAUUAGUUCGUAGAGCUAUUUACUCGAUUGCAGACAUUUCUGGAACACCUCUAAUAGAGGGACAAAGAGUAAAUUUGGAAAGAACGUAUUGUCAAACUCUUUCAGAUAUGAAUCUAUCCGAUUCAGAAGAGAAGAGCUUGCAUCAGUAUCUCAAUUUCAAUUCAAACGUGGGUUUGAUUCACACUCCAUGUUCUGAGAAAUAUUUACAGAGGAAAAACGGAGUCUUUGCCUAAAAAAAUGCGUUGACAAAGGGCAGAUGGAUAGAACCUUUCAACGAGAUAGUGCUUUUUCAACUCUCUCAAAAUGGAAUCUAUUCCAAACAUAUAUGCCAUGGUUCUUUACUUCGACAGGGUACAAAUAUCUAAAUUUGAUAUUUUUAGAUAUUUUUUCAGACCUAUUGCGGAUACUAAGUAGCAGUCAAAAAUUUGUAUCCAUUUUUCAUGAUAUUAUGUAUGGAUUAGAUAUAUCAUGGCGAAUUCUUCAGAAAAAAUUGUGUCUUCCACAAAGGAAUCUGAUAAGUGAGAUUUCGAGUAAGUCUUUACAUAAUCUUCUUCUGUCCGAAGAAAUGAUUCAUCGAAAUAAUGAGUCAUCGUUGAUAUCGACACAUCUGAGAUCGCCAAAUGUUCGUGAGGUCCUCUAUUCAAUCCUUUUCCUUCUUCUUGUUGCUGGAUAUAUCGUUCGUACACAUCUUCUCUUUGUUUCCCGAGCCUAUAGUGAGUUACAGACAGAGUUCGAAAAGAUCAAAUCUUUGAUGAUUCCAUCAUACAUGAUUGAGUUGCGAAAACUUCUGGAUAGGUAUCCUACAUCUGAACAGAAUUCUUUCUGGUUAAAGAAUCUUUUUCUAGUUGCUCUGGAACAAUUAGGAGAUUGUCUAGAAGAAAUACGGGGUUCUGGCGGCAACAUGCUAUGGGGUGGUGAUCCCGCUUAUGGGGUCAAAUCAAUACGUUCUAAGAAGACAGAUUUGAAAAUAAACUUCAUCGAUAUCAUCGAUCUCAUAAGUAUCAUACCAAAUCCCAUCAAUCGAAUCACUUUUUCGAGAAAUACGAGACAUCUAAGUCAUACAAGUAAAGACAUCUAUUCAUUGAUAAGAAAAAGAAAAAACGUGAGCGGUGAUUGGAUUGAUGAUAAAAUAGAAUCCUGGGUCGCGAACAGUGAUUCGAUUGAUGAUAAAGAAAGAGAAUUCUUGGUUCAGUUCUCCACCUUAAGGGCAGAAAAAAGGAUUGAUCAAAUUCUAUUGAGUCUGACUCAUAGUGAUCAUUUAUCAAAGAAUGACUCUGGUUAUCAAAUGAUUGAACAACCGGGAACAAUUUACUUACGAUACUUAGUUGACAUUCAUAAAAAGUAUCUAAUGAAUUAUGAGUUCAAUACAUCCUGUUUAGCAGAAAGACGGAUAUUCCUUGCUCAUUAUCAGACAAUCACUUAUUCACAAACUUCGUGUGGGGCUAAUAGUUUUCAUUUCCCGUCUCAUGGAAAACCCUUUUCGCUCCGCUUAGCCCUAUCCCCUCUAGGAGUAUUUUAGUGAUAGGUUCUAUAGGAACCGGACGAUCCUAUUUGGUCAAAUACCUAGCGACAAACUCCUAUGUUCCUUUCAUUACAGUAUGUCUGAACAAGUUCCUGGAUAACAAGCCGAAAGGUUUUUUUCUUGAUGAUAUCGAUAUUGAUGAUAGUGACGAUAUUGAUGCUAGUAACGAUAUUGAUCGUGAACUUGAUACGGAGCUGGAGCUUCUAACUAUGAUGAAUGCGCUAACUAUGGAUAUGAUGUCGGAAAUAGACCGAUUUUAUAUCACCCUUCAAUUCGAAUUAGCAAAAGCAAUGUCUCCUUGCAUAAUAUGGAUUCCAAACAUUCAUGAUCUUGAUGUGAAUGAGUCGAAUUACUUAGCCCUCGGUCUCUUGGUGAACUCUCUCUCCAGGGAUUGUGAAAGAUGUUCGACUAGAAAUAGUCUUGUUAUUGCUUCGACUCAUAUUCCCCAAAAAGUGGAUCCCGCUCUAAUAGCCCCGAAUAAAUUAAAUACAUGCAUUAAAAUAAGAAGGCUUCUUAUUCCACAA